AUGCUCGCCUGCUGUUGCAAUAGGUUUUCGUGGGCGGCUACCAUGAUGCCGAGCGGGGCCGUUUUAGAGGACAUGUGUGAUCAGUCUCUUGCUUGUUCAGUAAUUGAUCAAACCUGGCCGAAAGACAAGACUUUCAGAUGCGCUUCGAAAAAUGUCACGCCCACUGCGUUUGGUAUGGCCACCGAAGCUCUCACUAUUGGAAAACCAAGAGCGAUACAGAAUGGGUCCAGUUGGCCGGCGUCUGCCUCCAGUAGCUGUACCGACGAGGGGUCCGACUAUUCCAAGCAUUCCUACUCCAAUGGUCAAUGGACUAUCUACUACACAAUCCGGAGCGCCUGCAAAUGUAAGGAGAUGACUGGAGACCCAAAAGCCAUGCCAAUGUGCCGUUCGGCUACUUCUCAGGAUCUUUCUGCUUGCAAUCUCGCAAUGUUCAAAUUUUGCUCCAUGGAAAUGAACGGUAGCCGUUGCACUUGA